CUACUGGUUUCAGAUCAAAACUCUCGAAGCCUCCAUCACCACAUUUCCUGUUUGUAACUGAACAAAGCACACACAAAAGAUUGAAGAGACAGAAGAGAGAAAAAACUGAGUUGCAGAUAAAGAUAAGUCUUACUACCACACUGCUUCUGACAUAACAGAGCAACAUUACUUAGAAAAAAGGUUGUGGGAGUAUUUUUAAUCCACACAUUUGCCUUAUGGCUGCGUAAGGAUUUCUCUGAGAAAAGAAGCAUGUCAGGAACCCCUGAAUGCCAGUUUUAUGUCUGGGCAAUUCUUGCCUUUUUGGGUUUAGCUCUGGUUAUAUCGCUCAUCUUCAAUGUUUUCCACUAUGUAGAAAAACAUCGACAAGAUAACAUAUACAGGUACUCUGAUGAUUACAUUCCCAGGGAGGAAGAGUAUUAUAUCGAAGAUACACCAAUUUAUGGUAACUUAGAUAACAUGAUCCCAGAACCAAUGGAUGAAAACUGCUAUGAACAAAUGAAAGCCCGACCAAACAGAUCUGUGAAUGAACCUCAAGGAGCCACUCCACCUGCACAGGCCAUGAAUGAAACACAGAUGUUUUACGCUUCACUAAAUCACAGCUAUGAGGAGAAGUGCAGAAAGCCCAGGAAUCAGAUUGCUUAUUUGCCAGUCAAGAAUGAAGGUGAGCAAUUAUGUGCAAUGGAUGCCAGUGCAUCUAAGACCACUUUGGUAGACAGUGUCCCACUGGAGAGCCAGGCAACAGAGGAAAAUAUUCACGAUGAUCCCAUCAGACUGUUUGGAUUGAUUCGUGCAAAGAAAGAAUCUACAGACCUGCUGGAGUAUGAUCUGGCUCAGUGAGUCAGCUCGUACUGGAGACAGUUGUUGAAGAAAACAAAAUCUCCAUAUGACACUGAAUGGUUUGACAGGGUGACAAUCUGAUGGUUAUUUGUUGGUGGUAUGGCAGCUUAUCUCUUAUCCAGAGCUUACAUGCAUGCACACCAAAUGUGAUGAUGUGAAAAUUACUUAUUUGAAUUAGUUAUUAGAAUUCACUUAAAAAAAUGCCAAAGUAGUAAAAUGUAAAAUAAAAUCAAGUUUGCAAGUUGAGCCUGAUAACAAAGUCACAAGUUCACCAACAAUACUUGGUACUCAGUGAAAUAAAACAAAACAAAAAAAUGUUUUAGACAUAAGUGUGCUCUGGAGCAUGUUCAAAGAAAAAUAAAUGUCAGUGUGGGGUUUUUUUACACAUUUUUAUUUUCUUGCCAAUGUAAAACACCCCAUCAUUGGAAGAAAUUUCUGACUGAAAGGCAUAGCAGACAUUAAAAUAUAUUCCUAAGAGAAAUGGGAUAAUCUUAAAUAUUUCUCACAAAUGGUAAUGUAUUUAUUAGCUUUAAAAUUAUUAUAAAACCAAUGCAUGUACCUUGUAACAGUACAGAAGUAUCAAAAAAAUUAGAUAUUCCACUAGCCAGAGCUAAUCACUAUGAGCAACUUUCUAUACAUCUUUUUAGAUAUUUUUCUGGGCAUGUCCAUGUACAUACAUCAGUUGUUUGUUUUGUUUGUUUUUCUUACAAGAAAAAAGAGGAGUGAUUAUUUUAUACAUAUUAUUUAAACUUUUUUCACUUAACAAUAUAUUGUGGUUUUAUUUUUAUUGUUAUUUUGAACUAUAACUAUACUUACAUAAUUUUAAUGCAUAGCAUCUCAUUGAUGGCUACAAAAGAAUUUAUUCAAAUAAUUUUGAAGUACAUUCAGCUCAUUUCCAAAUUCAGAUUUUUGCUUUUACAAAUAAUUUUGUAAUGAGAAUGCAUCCCCACACGUGUUUGGGUACUUGUCUGACUUCUUUAGGUUAAAUGUCUAAAAAAGGAAUUGCUGCUUUAAAAAGUGUGCAUCUAUAGAAUAUAUUUCUGAAAGGUCAAGAAUUUGGUCAAAGUGUAUUCAAUUUAAAUUCUGAUAAAUACUCCUAAACUUCUCUCCAAAAAGUUAUUUUAAAAAAACUUUCUGUUAUCUUUCUCCAUUUGGAAUAGGAGCUUAAUUGGUUCUCAAAUCAUCACUGACCAAGAAAAUUAUUAAUGUCAGCUGUCUCUCCUGUCCUCUGACCAGAGCUCAGCAGAUUUUAUUCAUUCUCUCUUCAAUUUUUUGUUGAGCUCCAACGGUAGUUUAGCCAUUUAUACACCAGUGUUCAACAAUGAGGAAGGACAAUAAAGAGACCCUUCUCCCUUGGAACUUACACUAGUAGAAAAGAUGAGUAUCAGGUUAACAAAGAAAAAUGUAGCUACUAGUAAAAAAGGCAAUUAAGAAAACAUAAAAAUGAGAGAGCAGAGUCUCUGAAGAGGAAAUUUAAAUUCUGGGAACUGAACAAAAAGGACCCAUCUAUGUAAAGAGAAAAGAAGAAAGUGCGUUGUGUAACAAUUUUAUCCAUGUUUGGAAGUACCUACAUCUGUCAAUAUCUAUUUUUUAUUAUGAAUCUGUAUAAAAUAAAAUACUAAUGCCAAAGUUA